CCUGGCCAUCAUGGAGGCCGUCAACGCCUUUAACCAGGAGUUAUUCUCGCUGAUGGACUCUAAACCGCCAAUAUCUCGGGCAAAAAUGAUUUCCAUCACUAAAUCAGCCAUCAAAGCUAUGAAGCUCUACAAACAUGUGGUCCAGAUUGUUGAAAAGUUCAUCAAAAAGUGUAAGCCUGAGUAUAAGGUGGCAGGUCUGUAUGUGGUGGAUUCCAUCGUUAGGCAGUCCAGACACCAGUUUGGAUCAGAUAAAGAUGUAUUUGGUCCAAGGUUCACCAAAAACAUCACAGGAACUUUUGAGAACCUUUGCCUUUGCCCCAUAGAGGACAGGAGCAAGAUUGUGCGAGUUUUGAACCUGUGGCAGAAGAAUGGGGUGUUUAAGAUUGAAGUUAUUCAGCCCCUCUUGGACAUGGCAGCUGGCUCUGGCAGUGGUGCUGCAUCUUUCAUAAACACAGAUGAGCCUGACGCUCAAGCUGCACCUCUUUCUUCAGGUUCCUCACCACCUCCAGCCCAAGAGCCAGUUCCUGUGGUAACAUCCAACUCUACCGCACCAUCACCAUCAGUUCCUCAGAUGCACAGUUCUGAUGCCUUUGCAGCUGUGGCACAGCUCUUCCAGUCCUCACAUGGUCAGCAGCUUCAGCAGAUGCUCCAGAACUUCCAUCAGCAGCCAGUGAAGCCUGAAACCAAUUCGCAGCCUCCACUGCCAUCCAUUCAAACACCAGUUCAGAAUGCCUCUGCUGGUUUGAGCGCGGUCGUGCCACAACCUCCUGUUUCCUCACCACAACCUCUUCUCCCCAUGCAGCUUGCUGAACAGAAAGCGGCUUUUGACAAGACGAUUCUGGACCGUUUUGAUUAUGAUGAUGAACCAGAAGCUGGAGAAGAGCCUAAGAAGGAUGAGGUCCCACAGCCUCCUGCAAUGCAACAGCCUCCAGGUUUUCCCCAGCACAUGGAGCACUUUAACACACAAAUGAUGAAUAUUUCCCAAGACCUAGCUCAACAGGUUCAUCUGCCUCCUAAUGGUCAGCUCCAGGCUUGUGGUGUAAUACCAGGACAAAGCUUCCCUAUUGCGAUGCACCCUAUGGGCCAUGCUCUGCCAGGGCAGCCCCUUCCUGGUCCCACUGGACCUCCAGGUUUCUUAGGGGGUUACGCUCCCCAAAAUGCACCCCAGCAAAAACAGGAUUCCUCGGUGGAAGUGGACCAUUCAUCAGUCAGGGAUGGCCGGCACAGUCAAAGGUCUCACUCAGGCUCCAGAUCUCCAAAGAGGAGAAGGUCUCGGUCCAAUUCCCGUACUCGGCGGUCCAGGUUCAGGCGAUCUCGCUCCAGAGACCGCCGUUACUCUUCCCCACAUGCUCGCUCACAGGAGCGCAGGGAGAGGGAGAGAGAGAGAGAAAGGCGGCAGAAAGGUCUUCCACCACCCAAGAGCGAGACACUCAGCAUUUGUAGUACAACUCUCUGGGUUGGUCAGCUGGACAAGAGAACACUACAGCAAGAUGUUGCUUUGUUGCUGGAGGAGUUUGGGCAAAUAGAAUCAAUCAAUAUGAUUCCUCCGCGUGGCUGUGCUUAUAUUGUCAUGAUACACAGGGAGGAUGCUUUCAGAGCUCUGCAGAAGCUCAGUCGAGGACCAUAUAAGGUUAAUCAGAAAGCAAUCAAGAUUGCUUGGGCUUUGAACAAGGGCAUAAAGCCUGAAUUUAAACCGUACUGGAAUGUAGAGUUGGGUGUCACCUACAUUCCUUGGUCUAAAAUCAGAGAGGACCAGUUAGAGGAUCUGACAGAAGGAGGAAUGCUCGAUGCGGAUACUGUGUCACCAGAAUGGAAUAGUUCACGAAAACCUUUUGAUCACCAAGAGGAACCCACUCACAACGGCCGUUCUGAGCAGCAGCAGCCUGAGGAGAUUCAAGUGCUACCUGUAGUGUCUCCUCCUGCUCAGGUUCCUCCAAUGCAGCAGCCGAUGGUGGGUGUGGGUUCUCUACCACCUCCCAUCUUUCCCGGUCCAAUGGGAAUGCCUCCGCCUGCCUUUACUCGGGGCAUGCCCCCUCCUCCUUUUAUGAGACCUGGCUUCAACCCCUUGCAAAUGCCUCCAGGCUUUCCCCCUUCAGGACCUAUGCCUCUAGGUCCCACACUUCCUCCCAAAGGUGGAGUUGAUGAGCCACCUCAGGACAUGGCAGAUCUGGGCAGAAAGAAAAAUGAGGCUCACGAGGGCCCCAACAUCUUCAACAAUCAGAUGGGACCCAUUGGUAACCAGGUUGGUUCCCUUCCAGUUGGACCUCCAGGCCAUCUCCUAGGUGUACCAUUAUCUAAUUCUUCAGGUGGUCCUCCUGUAGGUCUUCCAGGUGGUCCUCCUGUAGGUCUUCCAGGUGGUCCUCCUGUAGGUCAUCCAGGUGGUCCUCCUGUAGGUCAUCCAGGUGGUCCUCCGGUAGGUCUUCCAGGUGGUCCUCCGGUAGGUCUUCAAGGUGGUCCCUUGAUUGGACCUCCUGGUGGUCCUCUGGUGGGCCCUCCUGGUGGGCCUUUAGUCAGGCCUCCUGGUGGGCCUUUGGUUAGACCUCCUGGUGGUCCUCUGGUAGGACCUCCAGGUAGUCAUCCCGGUGGUCCUCCAAGUGGUCAUCCUGGAAACAUGCAACCUCCCUCUAGUGGUCUACUGGGUGCACGACCCGGAAUAAUUCCACUCCAGCGCCCCCUAGGUCCACCGCCGCAGCAUAUGCAGCGUUUCCCUCCUCCCCAUGGGCCAAGACCACCUCACUCCAAUAUGCCCGCUAAUUCUCCACAGAUGAUACCCCGGGGGCCACACCCUCAGAUGAUGGGCCACGAGCCCCCUCCACCUAAAGGAGGCUUUGGCAUGCCCCCACCACACAAUAUAAGGGUUCCUUUCCCUCAUGGGCAAGGACCUCUCCCUCAAGCAACCCCCCCUCCUUCAUUUAUCAGACCAGGGGGUCCUAGAGAAGAACCAGAAGAAAUGGAUGACAGACCAUUUAGGGGAGACAGGCCUGGAUUCAGGGAUCGAGAGCAGGAGAGGGACCGAGACUGGGAUCGAGAUAGAGACAGGGACAGAGGUUUUGGAGGGGGUAGACGUUCUUUUGGUGAUGGAGGGAGGGCAGUUGGUGGUGACAAAAUGGACGGGAGAGACAGACACGGGGGUUGGCAGGAAGAUGGAGGCAAUCAGCGUGGGGGAGGAUGGGAGAGAGAGAGAGAUCGGGAGAGAGACCGGGACCGCGAUCGGGACCGCGAUCGGGACAGAAGUAGACGAGACUGGAGAGAAAGGCGAGGAAGCCCUGAUAGGGACAGAGAACGGGGCCGUGGUGAGGAUGGAGAGAGAGAACGCGGCAGGGGGGAGGGCGGCGAAAGAAACAGGGGCGAUGGGGCAAAUGUGGACAAAGCCAAAGCACCCGAAAUCAAAGGGGACAAGCCAAAACGGUCAGAACGACGAGAAAGGACCUCACGGUGGGACCAAGAUGAUCGACUGGCCGAACUGGAAAACAUGGACAAAUUUCGGAACAUCAAGAGCCAGGAGCAGUCUUGUGUGACAUCUGUGGUUACCAUGGACACCAGUAAAGACCCAGACAGAAAAGCCUCUGAACCGAAGCAACAGUCUGAACAUUUAGCUUCACCUCCAGAGGUCACGGCUUCUAAAGAAAAACCUGUGCCCUCUGAGCCUCUAAAGUCGGCUCCAUGUGAGCCCACAGAAACAAAAGAAGAAUCCUCUUAGACCUGUGAAGAGCUGAAACAUACUGAAGGUUUUGUCCACUGUUAUAGUCUCAGUUGUUGGCAGAUUAAAGUCAAACUAGUAACAGUUUAUCUGAUGGUACAUGGGCUGUACAUUUCUUCACCUCUCACUUUUUGUUUUACAUUUUUAUUUUAUAGCAUUUCUGUACACACAGGAAAACAUACCAGGUUGACCCGCAUUUGUUUUAACUUCUUAAAUAUGGCAAGAGAAAUAUUUUAUAAAUUAUUUUUAAUUUGUAAAUAUUCUGUCAAACACUGAUUGUGUUAAACAACUUUGGUUUUAGUAGAAGCUCCUUUUUUUUUUCUUAAUUCCUCGUGUGUUUAGAGUCAGCUGUGAGUUCAGUUUCAAAGAUUCAAAAAAUCGGACAAAUGUGCAUAAAGUAAUGGUGAUCUCAUAAAUUUCCAAAGGACACAUUGUUAAAACAUCUGCUUUGAAUUUGCAUCGACUUUUUCAUUUGACAUUUUAAAUGUUGCAGUACCACAAAAGUGUUCAUUUCUUUGAUUUAAAAAAAUUAAAUGUUGUGGGAAUCAGUCAUGGAAAUGUAAUCAUUCAUUAACACUUGCAUUUAAUUCAUUUUCUCUAAUAUAGCUUGCUAGAGGCUUUUUAAUUUUCACAAAGUAAA